AAAAAACUAAAUCUUUUCUUAUAUAUUUGAUCACAGACAACUAGUUGAGAUAUCCAAAGUUAACAACUUUUCAUUAUUUAUGUCAACCAAUUCAAAUAGUAAUUCAUCUAACCAAUUAAAACAUCAAACUAUUCACAAUAAACGUACAAAGACUCCAAUCACCUCCAGAAAAGAAGUUAGAGAGCCUUUGCAUCAACUAGAGACUCUAAAGAACGCUGAGAAUGCCAGAUAUAUUUGGUUAACAAGACAGACACAACGAAGUACACCUGUUUUGAGCCAGGAGCGACAAUAUGGUCGGAUCAACUUAAUUUCCACACACCGAGGAGAAUCUCCAUCCAGAAGGGGGAAAAGUGAAACGUCUACUGCAAGAGCAGAACACAGAGGAGGAUUAUUUAAUGUACAUAUGAAUAGUGGAAUUAAAGCCCCAUAUUACAUAAUACAUCCGGAAUGGUUAAGUGAGACUAUGACAAUACGACAACUUGGGUUAUCACCUAGACCAACUCCAUUGCCAAUAACCAACGGUCUAAACGAUAACCAAGUGAAUAAACGCAGUCACACAACAAAUUCUAUUUGUCCGGGAUCUUCAAGGAGAAAUGUAUGUACAGAUUCAUUGAGCUUAGGACAGCCAUCUUUCAGUCGUUGUAGAAGUUUACCACCGAAGUCAAUAAAUCCCAUAACAUGGGACAGUUACGGAAAUAAUCCUUAAAAACAUGACAGUGAAACAGUUGAUGAAUUAUUUU